GGGCCGUGCACGGGAGUCCCGCUCCGCCGCCGCGCCGGGGCCGCGCUGAGGGGCGGGCGGCGGCCGCUGGCCGCGGGGAGCGCCCCGAGGGUUCCACCUGGUGCCGCCUGCGGCGGGGCGGGGCAGGGCGGUGACCUGCACAUCCCGGCUCCUUCUUCCUCGGAGCAGCGGGGGUGGAGAGAGAGGGGCUGGGGGAGGUCCUCUCCGCCCCCGUCGGAGGGAGCGGAGCGAGGGGAAAGCAUGUGAAAAUUGUUCCUGUUUCUUCAGGUCUGUGGACGUGAGUUUUACAUUGGAGUUAGAGGCAGCAUUUUUGAAAACUCUUUGCAUAGUGGUGUGGUCCUGACAAGCUGCUUCUGGUGUCAGUAACAGACCUUCUACCAUGAGCAACUCUACUCCAGCUACAGGUAAUGAGAAGAAAAAAAGUAAAGGAAAAAGAUCUCCGUGUUCCCCUUCACGUGUCCUUCAUAUUCGUCAAAUUCCAAAUGGUGUUACUGGAGCAGAAGUUGUUUCAUUAGGUCUCCCUUUUGGCAAAGUAACCAAUCUCUUGAUGCUAAGAAGAAAAGGUCAGGCAUUUUUGGAAAUGGCUUCCGUAGAUGCUGCUGUUUCUAUGGUGAACUACUACACUCCUGCUACACCUCACCUCCACAAUCAGCCAGUUUAUAUUCAGUAUUCCCAUUACAAGGAACUUAGGACUGACAAUCAGCAUAAUCAGGCUAGACCCCAUCAUGCGCUGCAAUGUGCGAAUGCUGUGCAGCAUGGAAACCUGGGUAUUACAAGUGCUCUUGCUGCUGAAGGUGGGGUCCUUCCAAGUAAUGGUUGUGUUCUUCGAAUCGUUGUUGAAAAUGUUUUUUGCCCUGUCACUUUAGACAUACUUUAUCAGAUUUUCUCUAAAUUUGGCUUUGUCUUGAAGAUUGUCAUGUUCCAUAAGAACAAUCAAUUUCAAGCUCUGCUCCAAUAUGCUGAUGCAAUGCAUGCAUAUUAUGCCAAAAUGUCUCUGGAUGGCCAUUGUAUCUACGCUGGCUGCUGCACUCUGCGUAUUGAUUUCUCCAAGUUAACUGACCUAACGGUGAAGUACAACAAUGACAGAAGUAGAGAUUUCACUCGCAUUGACCUUCCUUUUGGUGAUGGCCAGCGAACCAUGGAGGCAUCCUUAUCUACUCCCUUUGCUACCCAAAAUACCGUAUUUCCAUCAUAUACAGGGCCUCCUGGGUUUGCCCCAGCCUUGGGCUUUCCUCAGGGAGCAGGUCCUUCUGUUCUGCCUGUUCCUGGAGCACUUGGUCCUUUCACAGUCACCACAUCUGCAGCACCUGGACACAUGACUAUUCCUGGUAUUCCAGGAAACUCCGUUUUACUAGUCAGCAACCUCAACCCUGAAGCCAUCACACCUUAUGGACUAUUCAUCCUGUUUGGUGUGUAUGGUGACGUGCAUCGUGUCAAAAUCAUGUUUAAGAAAAGAGGAAUUGCUUUGGUUCAGAUGGCAGAUGCAACCCAAGCUCAGUUAGCUAUCAACUACUUGAAUGGACAGAGGCUUUAUGGAAGGGUCAUGCAUGCUACUUUUUCAAAAUAUCAGACAAUUCAACUUCCUCGUAAGGGACAAGAGGACAAAGGUCUGACAAAGGACUAUAGCAAUAGCCCUUUACAUCGCUUUAAGAAUCCCUGCUCUAAGAAUUUCCAAAAUAUCUUUCCUCCAUCUGCAACCUUGCAUCUGUCCAACAUCCCGCCCUCUGUUACUGUUGAUGAUUUGAAGAACCUUUUUACAAGUAAAGGAUCUACUGUGAAAGGCUUCAAAUUUUUCCAGAAAGAUUGCAAAAUGGCUCUUAUCCAGCUGGGCUCUGUGGAAGAAGCAGUUCACGCUCUCAUUGAGCUUCACAAUCAUGACUUUGGAGAAAACCAACAUCUCAGAGUUUCGUUCUCAAAAUCUUCAAUCUGAAUUAUCUGUGAAUUUUCCCUUUAAAGCUGCAUAAUGGUUUUAGUAAAAUCUUCAAACAGAGACAGCUCUGACCAACUCUGUCCCUUAAAAGAAAAACCUCAUUCAUACACAAAGAAUUAAGUGAUUAUUUUUUCUGAUUCUAGCUGCAAUUAUGUCAUCCAUAGAAAGAUCUUCUGUGAAAUCAUUUUAGCAACAAUAUUUAUCAUCAAAUUUCCUACUUAAAAUUAUGUUUUGAGACCAUCCUUUCAGCUUUAAUUUGAAAUCAGCCUUACAAAACAAUUUUGAGUGCUUUUACAAUGUGUGGGAUCUCAGCACCUCAGGACUGAGGUGCCGAGUCACCGAGACCACCCUUGGGGGGCUCGGGAGUCCUGAAAUGUUGCCAGAAGUGUCUGGUGGCUGGACUUUGAUCCUACACAGGAGAUGACACUUGUAUGAGGAUAGGAGGGGUUCACCGGGGUGAAUGGUGAAGGGAUAAGUUAAUUAGAGAGUGAAACACAAAGUUUAAGAUUUCUGUACAGGGGAGUUUAGAGAAGUAAGAUGGAAGAAUUGGGGCGUGUCCUAUCCUUCUUCUUCUUCUCCUCCAUCUUCUGUAGUGAUAGUAGCACUUUGAGAUUGGUUAUUACUAAAAGUGCACUGGUCAAUAAGGGUGAAAAGUAUUGGAGAAAAAUGAUAAAUAUUGUAUACGUAACUUUGGGUAUAAAGAUAGGUGACCGCCCCGGAGGGCAAGGAGUGUGCUCAUGGCUGGCUGCUGAGCAGACCUCUGUCGGGCCGAGAGAAAAUCUUUUAGAUAAACAAUUAAUAAACACCGAGAACGAGAAAAGAACUGAAGCCACUUCUCAUCUUUUGAAACGCAAGCUGCCCCAAAACCACCCUGGGCCUUUCCAGGCCAUCCAAACAGCCGAAAAUCAGACAACAAUGUACCAAAUGAGUAUGUUUAAUGAAAAAGUAAACCUACUCUGUGCAGAUUAAUUUGAAUGUGAAAUAGUGCUUGGGUUUCUUGAAGAAAAGCAAACAGUAACUGUGAGUAUCCUCUAAAUAGUAUUUAUGUUACCAAGGUGUGUGUUCAUACUUUGGUGAAUCUUUACAAAUAACUUGUUUAUAAAAAUAAAAAGUCUGUGCUGUUCUUAUAGAUUAAAUUAUUAGAGAAAAGGCAGUGCCUUCUCUCUGUGGAAUAAAAGUAUUUGACAAGUUUCUUCAAGGUGUAGUAUUGGAAAAUUAGUUUGACUUGACUCUGGGUUGGAAGUUUGAUGUCCUAUUUCUACUAUGAAGGGAUGUGUAACAGUACCUU